CACAGACAGACAGAGAGAGAAAGAGAGACGCCUCUAUCCUCCGCCAGCACUCCACUGGAUUUAGUGCAUUUGGACGGACGCGAUCUCCCGGUACCUGCAGCCGUGCGCGCGCGGAUCGGGAUACGGAGCACGCGGCCGUGGGUUUAUUACACCCGCAGCUUCACCUCCAUCCUUUCUGUCGGACUCGGACGUCCAGUCGCCAUUGAGAUGUGAUUCUCUCGGGGUUUCAUUUCACGUUGACCAAGCCGAGCACACCACCACUGGGUCUGCGUGGUGUCAGGAAGACUGAGCUGUGAGGAAAACAGCUCGCCCCAAGACCGUCUGGGCUCAGCAGGAAGCGCCGCCAUAUUUACUUCCAGGUCAACCUCAGACGUCAUGUGGACCAGAUGCCUGCUCUUCGUCUCAACCUUGUUUGCCCCCAUCGCCAUUGGCUUCGGCCGCGCCCCGAUCCCCAUGGCGGUGGUGCGGAGGGAGCUGUCCUGCGAGUCCUACCCCAUCGAGCUGCGCUGCCCGGGCACGGACGUCAUCAUGAUCGAGAGCGCCAACUACGGCCGCACCGACGACAAGAUCUGCGACUCCGACCCCGCCCAGAUGGAGAACACCCGCUGCUACCUGCCCGACGCGUACAAAAUCAUGUCGCUCAGAUGCAACAACCGAACGCAGUGCGCGGUGGUGGCCGGGCCCGAUGUCUUCCCCGACCCCUGCCCCGGCACAUACAAGUACCUGGAGGUCCAAUAUGAGUGUGUCCCCUACAAGGUGGAACAAAAAGUAUUUCUCUGCCCCGGCAUUCUGAGAGGAGUCUACCAAAGUGAGCACCUCUUCGAGUCGGACCACCAGUCGGGCGCGUGGUGCAAAGACCCUCUGCAGGCCUCCGACAAGAUCUACUACAUGCCCUGGACGCCGUACCGCACGGACACGCUGACGGAGUACUCGUCGAAGGAGGACUUCAUCGCCGGCCGCCCCACCACCACCUACAAACUGCCGCACCGCGUGGACGGGACUGGUUUCGUCGUCUACGACGGCGCGCUCUUCUUCAACAAGGAGCGCACCCGCAACAUCGUCAAGUUCGACCUGCGCACCCGCAUCAAGAGCGGCGAGGCCAUCAUCGCCAACGCCAACUACCACGACACCUCGCCGUACCGCUGGGGGGGGAAGUCGGACAUCGACCUGGCGGUGGACGAGAACGGGCUGUGGGUGAUCUACGCCACGGAGCAGAACAACGGGCGCAUGGUGGUGAGCCAGCUCAACCCCUACACGCUGCGCAUCGAGGGCUCGUGGGACACCAGCUACGACAAGCGCUCGGCGUCCAACGCGUUCAUGAUCUGCGGGGUGCUGUACGUGGUGAAGACCGUCUACGAGGACGACGACAACGAAGGGACGGGCAACAAGAUCGACUACAUGUACAACACGGAUAAGAGCAAGGAGGUGGUGGUCGGCAUACCGUUCCCAAACUCCUACCAGUACAUCGCCGCCGUGGAUUACAACCCCAGGGACAACCUGCUGUACGUGUGGAAUAACUACCACGUGGUCAAGUACUCGCUGGACUUCGGCAACAACGACUAUCGCCCCCCUCCCAUGGUGCCUCCUAACCGAGGGAGCGGAGGAGGAGGAGGGGGAGGUCCAGGUGCCGCUGGGGGUUCCUCCUCUUCAUCCACCACCACCACUCGCUCCCCUCCGUACUACACCACCCCGCGGGGCCUCCUCACCACCUCCCCCGGCCAGCGCUUUCGGACCACCACCACCAUUCGCCAGCCCGUCCUGGGCCCCGGCGCCGGCUCGUCGUCGGACACCAACCAGAUCCCCGACACCGACCAGAAGGCCAGGGGGCGCCCCCCUCCUGUGCAGCUGCCUCCGGCGGCCCCGCAGCCCCCCGCCCUGCCCCCACAAGACUUCUGCAAUCCGAGGCUGACGGCCGACAUAUCGUGGCCCAGGACGCAGCAGGGCCAGACGGCCAAGCAGCCGUGCCCCGUGGGGACGCUGGGCGUGGCCACCUACGUGUGUUUGGCCCAUUUGGGCUACUGGGAUCCUCGCGGCCCCGACCUCAGCAACUGCACGUCGCCGUGGGUCAACCACAUCAUGCAGAAACUCCGCUCGGGCGAGACGGCGGCAAUCGUGGCCAGGGAGCUCGCGGAGCAGACCAAAGGGGUCCUGCGGCCCGGCGACGUGCCGUCCACGGUCAGGGCCAUGGCCCAGCUGGUGGAGCUGCUGGACGUCCAGCUCAGGAACCUCACCCCCGGGGGGAAGGACAGCGCCGCCCGAAGCCUCACCAAGCUUCAGAAGAGAGAAAGGUCCUGCAGGUUUUUCACACAGGCUAUGGUGGAGACGGUAAACAAUUUGCUGCAGCCAAGAGCCCAGGCGGCGUGGAGGGAGCUGCCCGUCAGCGGGCAGCUGCACUCGGCCACUCUUCUCCUCGACACGGUGGAGACAGGGGCUUUUAUGUUAGCCGACAACCUCCUCAAGACCGACACUGUGCAGGAGACCACCGACAACAUCCAGCUAGAAGUGGCCAGGCUGAGCACGGAAGGGAACCUUGGCGACCUGACAUUCCCUCAGUCAGAGCUACAUGGAAACUCCAUCCAACUGUCAGCCAGCACUCUCAAGCAGCACGGCAGAAACGGUGAGAUCAGGAUGGCCUUCGUCCUGUACAGGAACCUGGGGGCCUACCUGUCCACGGAGAACGCGAGCGUCCGGCUCAGCAGCGAGCCCGUCUACCCCAACUACUCGGUCAUCGUCAACUCCCCGGUCAUCACGGCGUCAAUAAACAAGGAGAGCAAUAAGGUGUACCUGUCCGAGCCCGUGGUCUUCACUGUCAAACACCUGCAGCAUUCGGAAGAGAACUUCAAUCCCAACUGUUCGUUCUGGAGCUACACCAAGCGCACCAUGACGGGAUUCUGGUCCACGCAGGACUGUCGCCUGCUGGCCACCAAUCGCACACACACCACCUGCUCCUGCACACACCUCACCAGCUUCGCCGUGCUCAUGGCCCACGUGGAGGUGAAGAAAGCGGACAGCAUGCACGACCUGCUGCUGGACGUCAUCACGUGGGUGGGGAUCCUGUUGUCGCUGGUGUGCCUGCUCAUCUGCAUCUUCACCUUCUGCUUCUUCCGCGGGCUGCAGAGCGACCGCAACACCAUCCACAAGAACCUCUGCAUCAGCCUCUUCAUCGCCGAGUCACUGUUCCUGGUGGGGAUCAACAGGGCCGAUCAACCGAUUGCCUGUGCGGUUUUCGCGGCCCUGCUCCAUUUCUUCUUCUUGGCAGCCUUCACCUGGAUGUUCCUGGAAGGGGUGCCGCUCUACAUCAUGCUGGGGGAGGUGUUUGAAAGCGAACACUCCCGGACUAAGUACUUCUAUCUGGCAGGCUACCGCGUGCCUGCUGUCAUCUGAGGCGUGUCCGCGGCGGUGGACUACAGGAGCUACGGCACCGACCGAGUGUGCUGGCUGCGGUUGGACACGUACUUUAUCUGGAGCUUUAUAGGUCCGGCUACGCUCAUCAUCAUGCUGAAUGUAAUCUUCCUCGGCAUCGCUCUCUAUAAGAUGUUCCAUCACACGGCCAUUCUCAAACCAGACUCUGGAUGUCUGGACAACAUCAAGUCCUGGGUGAUCGGGGCCAUAGCCCUGCUGUGUCUGCUGGGCCUGACCUGGGCCUUCGGCCUGAUGUACAUCAACGAGAGCACCGUCAUCAUGGCCUACCUCUUCACCAUCUUCAACUCCCUGCAGGGCAUGUUCAUCUUCAUCUUCCACUGCAUACUGCAGAAGAAGGUGCGCAAAGAGUACGGCAAAUGCCUGCGCACCCACUGCUGCAGCGGCAAGAGCGUGGAGACGUCCAUCUCCUCCUCCAGCAAGACCACCACGUCGCGGACGCCGGGCCGCUACUCCACGGGCUCACAGAGCCGCAUCAGGCGGAUGUGGAAUGACACGGUGAGGAAGCAGGAGUCCUCCUUCAUCACCGGAGACAUCAACAGCUCCGCCACGCUCAACAGAGGAGCCAUGGCUAAUCAUCUUAUAACUAAUGCUCUCCUUCGUCCCCAUGGUACUAACAAUCCUUAUAACACUCUCCGGGGGGAUUCGGCAGUCUAUAACAACCCAGCUGUGGGCAUGUACAACACCCAAGCGCCGUACCGAGACACAAAGGGUAUCCUGAACAACGCAAGAGACUCCAGCGUGAUGGAUACGCUCCCUCUCAACGGCAACCACGGCAACAACUACAGCAUGGCCAGCAGCGAGUACUUGAGCGACUGCGUCCAGAUUCUGGACCGUAGCGGCGGCUACGGUACCCACGGCAACCACAAGGAGACCACCCUGGAGAAGAAGAUCCUCAAGGAGCUGACCUCCAAUUACAUCCCGUCCUACCUCAACAACCACGAGAGGGCCACCACCGAGCGCAACCACAACCUGAUGAACAAGCUGGUGAACAGCAGCAUGGCCAACGGAGGCAGCAUGGCGGGAGGCAGCAGCAGCAGCAGCAGCAGCGGAGUGAGCGGCUGCCUGGGCAGCGGCAAAGAGGACCACGGGCCCAUGGUGCUGGACAACCCGGCGGCCUUCCCCCACGAGGAGAACCUGGGUCUGGAGAUCAUCAGGGAGGAGUCCAACGCGCCACUCCUGCCGCCGCGGCCCCCUCCUCCCGACAGCCACCCGCCGCCGCCGCCGCCGCCGCCGCCGCACAGCUUCUCCCGGCCGCGGCGCAUCCCCCAGGAGACCAGCGAGAGCUUCUUCCCCCUGCUGACCAACGAGCACACCGACGAGCACGCGCACUCGCCCAGCCACAGAGACUCGCUGUACACCAGCAUGCCGGUGCUGCCGGACCUUCCCGACGGGCAGGCGAACGGCCUGACGGACGGAGAGGAGGACGGCUCCGGCGAGCUGCAGCCCUGUAAGAGCGCCACCGCCCCCGAGCUGGACGACGUGUAUUACAAGAGCAUGCCGAACCUGGGCUCCAGGAAUCACCUCCACGAGCUGCAGAGCUACUACCACAUGGGCCGCGGCGGCAGCGACGGGUACAUGGUGUCCGGCAGCAAGGACGAGUCCGACUCGUCGCCCGAGGAGCCGCCGAUAGACCCUUCCCACCUGGUCACCAGUCUAUAGAGCUGAUCGAGAGACUGCUAUCCCUCCCCGGCCCAUUCUCACACUUCCAACCUCCCAACGAAAAAUCAUUCUGUGUUGUUGACCGACGGACUGAGCUGGCCCGCACCUCGAUCGAUAUACUGUGUGUGACAUUAUCUGUGGCUCAUGACAUUUGGGUUGGGAACUCGCCAGUCUGAUGUAAGCGCGGACUGAAUGUAGUGUCGCAAAAGGGCGGUUCACAGCGAUAUUUUUGGGAACGGGAACUUUGCAAAGGAGCGGAAGGGGGAGGGAUUCUGUAAUUUCACACUACCUGUUACUUUGAUAUGGAAUCAUUGAUCGUCUGUAGCCCUACAAGUUCUCCAAUAUGGACCUCUAGCAGAUCAUUGCGUACAGUGUCCACUACCACUACAACGAGCCGUGGCUUAGAAGGAGCUGCCAGUCUGUUUGUCUUCUUGUCUGUCACUCCAUCUCACCAUUAAAGACACGUGCAGGAACGAUGUUUCCACCUCGGAGCAGGUUAUGGAACUCCGGUGUUCACAACAUAGACUGGCCUUGAAGAGGACCCGCCCCACUACCUGCCAAUCAAGUGGAGGAUGUACGAUAUACGACUCAUCAUCCCAAGAACUACUUUAGCGGGCAACCGAAAUGUAACCAUAUCACGGCAACGUUGUGAAAUCCUCUUCACGUUCGUGUCUGCUGAACUGGAGUUUUGUCUGGGCUGGUGUAACAUUCCUGCCAGUUGUAGUGACUGCAGUAACUGUGUACUUCACUGAAAACAAAGGAGGAGGAUCAUAUAACAAAAGACUGAAUUUAAAAAAAAAGGAAAAAAAGGACAAAAAGAACUGGUUCCGUUUCUUCUCCUUUCUUCUGUAAAAGCUUUCAGUUAUCAAAGGAUUAUAAAGAAUUCACAAACUGUUUCUAUGUAUUGUACAGAAUACAGAUACAGAUGCAAAUGUUGCGUAAGUCUUUUAUUGUUUUGAAAAUUAUUUUGAAUUGCAAAUCUUUUGUCCGCAGAGCUGUUCCGAAGCAUCACAGUGACUUUGGUCACGUCUGGAUGGCAGAAGGAGAGGGGAACAAUUAGACGUUGUUCUUUAAAUGCAGACGGCUAAGCACUCCUUGAUUAAUACUCAUAAACCCCCCACACACUUCAUUCUGGUCCUUUUAUAGCAACACCACUGUCACUUACAUUUUGCAAAUCAACUGUUAUCAAAUACUUUACCACUGUGUAGAUGGAAAACGAAAGAGGCGGUUGCUAUGGAAAUGCUGCCAUUUAGUCUUUGAUGGAAGUGGGUCUCAAAUCCUUUGUUCGUGAAUAAAGCGUUUCCUUCCUUUAGGCACAGGCCUGAUAGAAGUUUCUUUUACAGAUAUAUCACAUAUUUGGAGCAACACAAGUACGGUUUAUGAAGCAUAUCCUCUCUAUUGCCAAAUGUUUUACCAAUUGACAUAGAACUUGCUUUGGUGGUUGAGAUUUUAUAGAAGAACACUGAGAAGAAAGAAAUGUAAUUUGCUGAACUAAAAAAAGGAAGCCAAUGUUAAUUGAAAGAUUGCCAUGAAAACAAUGUUUAUAUGUGAACUGAAGACGUGAGAACUCUGCACACAGUAGCACUGUCCAAUGUUUACUUAUUUAGGCAGAAGAAGAAAAAAAAUCAUAAGUGUAUGAAGUGUAGCUUGCACAUGUAUCCCACAAGCCCCCUCCGUGUCCCCAAGAGAAAUUAUUUAUUUAUCUGUUUAUUGGUUUGAAGGCGGCAAUACAGUCCUGGAGGAAAGAACGCUGGCUUUAGGCAGGAGUAAAUCAAAUGGCACUCGGUUUGUUUUACGGUUCUUUUUUUAAAUUAUUAUGAUCAUGAGUAUAAUUAAAAUAUUAUUGCUAAUUAUUUAUUCUUUUUGUAUGGGUUCCAAGUUGAAUGAUCUCAUAACUAAUAUUUGUUGUAACAGUGAAAGUUGUUUGCAGACAAAUAAAUUACUGACAUAGCU